AUGAGAAAGCUGGGCCAGGGCCCCAGGGUGGUCGUGGAGUGGUGGGCGCCCCGUGCGCUCGCAGCCUCCAUGCCCAGCGCCUCUGGAGUCUCCACUCGGCGGGGCUUCGCCAAGACCACCGGGGACGGCCUAUGGGUCUGCGAAAGCUGCCUGGGCCCCGUCGCUGCGGGCGCGUGGAUCCUGGACGGGGAGGUGCCGCCGAGGAGCGCGAACCUUGGGCCGCGGGGUGUGUCUUCGACGCGCUGGGUCCCCACGUGUGAAGGGGUCUCUGCUCCCGGGAUGCGUGCGGGUGGUGUGGGUGCACAGCUCAGGGAUCCUGUUCCCUGGCCGCCGGCAGUGGGUGUUCAGCUGGGAGUUCAUGCUCUUUCCUAA